GCUGUGAAUAAAACCCUCUUUACCGUUACAGGUUGCCGAAAACCAGAGCAGACAUUGGGUCCUGGGAUCUGAGUUGACUAUUUCCCCGUCUUUUUUGAAGCUCCGCCGCGAAUAACAUCCAAAGGCAACCAGGACAAGAAAUGGCAACUGGCGUGGAGCCUGUGGGCGCUGCCCUUGCUGUGGUGGGGUUGAUCGCUGCCUUCAACGGCGCCAUAGACGGCUACCUCCUCAUCGAGUCUUUCUUUGAUGACGAUGAUGGAGGUGGAUACCUGACGCUGAGGUACCAUAUCGAGAAGCACAAGCUCCUUAUCUGGGGAGACUUUUUCAGGACCUCAGACCCGGCCUCGUGCGCCCUGGCAUCGCAGCCCGAAGUUGUGAAGAGGCUGGUGCUCCGCAUCUUGGGCGAGAUCAAGAGGACACACGAGCAGGCUGAACCCUUUAUCAAAAAACACAACCUCGUGCUGCCACCAGUCGCAGCUGGCGAUCUGGACAAGGGUAUGGCGGCCGACAGCCAGAUGGCCAAAGACAUGGCAAAGCUGGCGCUUUCGCGAAGUCCCAGGAGCCGCGUCAGUUGGGUGAUCAAGAGGAAAGACAAGUUCGCGGAGCUGGUCUUGCAUCUCCAGCAGCUGAAUCGAGACCUGUACGAUGUCCUGCAGCCGGCAGAUGUCGAUCUUCUUCAGAGGACACUCUCGUCGUACGUGCUGGCCAAGAUCAAGGGGACAGGCUAUGUCAAAAUGCUCCAAGAUCCGGCCAUGCAAAGCCCGAGGCUGCUGGCGCUCUCCGCGCAGCUAAUGGGUCUGGAACAGUCAGCCGCCAGUACAGUCAAGCAAGCCGUGACCGUCAUAGGGAGUAAUCAGCUCGCACUAAAGGAUGCCGGCGGGUGGACGACCGGGAUAUACACGCAUCCCACAGGGAUCCGGCAUCCCGUGUGGAUCGAAUGGAACAUACUCGACCCGGAAGCUCUCUCGUACCAGACUCUUCGCGACCGUGCCGAAUCGCUCGCCGUCAUGCUCGAGACCGUCAACGAGCCGGCACUCCACAUCCCGCCUUGCUGUGGCAUAUUCGAGGACUCGGCGUUCAGGGCUGCCAAUAGGAAAACGCGACUCGGCACCGUGCUCACCGUGCCCAAGGACUCGGGUUACGAGGGAAACUUUGGCAAACUGCCCCCAACAAACCUAAAGGAGCUCAUCCGAGCCACCCGGGCAAAGCCACCUCUUUUGGGCGACCGCUUCCGUCUUGCGUACGAGCUCGCGUCAGGCUUCAGCCUCUUCCACGCCGCGGGUUGGUUGCACAAGGGUUUCCGGAGCGAGAACAUCGUGUUCCUCCACCGCGAUGAGGGCAGGGGGAUCGAUGUCGCUCAGCCGCUGGUUACAGGCUUCCAGGCGUCUCGGAGCCGAACCACCGAGUCCGUCAAGCUGAACGCGGACGAAGACCCCGAGGUGGAGUACUACUACCAUGAAGAUGCCAGGGGCGGCUUCACCAAGAAGCUGGACCUGUAUGGCCUUGGAGUGGUGCUCUGCGAGGUGGGCCGAUGGGAGGUCCUGGCCGAUGCUGUGCCUAGUGAGAAAAAACCCAAGCUGAAAUCGAGGUCUUGGGCAAGAAAGCUUAUCAUCAACGACCCGUUGGAAGACCUGGGCUGGAGGAUGGGCUCUAGAUUCCGAAGUGUAGUGAGGACGCUGCUGCUGCUGGAACUGCCGAAUGACAGCGACGAUUUCUUUGCUCACGAAUUUUUCACCAAGGUCAUCAUGCCUUUGGAGAUGUGUACCGCUUGAUAGCGCGAGCGGGAUUGGCUACUUUCUUAUGUUAGCCUCCUAUCAAUAUUACGUCAAGCCUCGCCAUAGAGUGCCUACAAGUGCAC